AGGAUGGCAUCGGACUCGAGGGACCGCGAGACUGCCUGCAUGUUAGAGUUCGCGGUGCAGAUGACCUGUCAGAGCUGUGUGGACGCGGUGAGCAGGAGCCUGCAAGGGGUGGCUGGUAUCCAGAGUGUGGAGGUACAGUUGGAGAACCAGAUGGUCCUGGUACAGACCACCCUGCCCAGCCAGGUGGUGCAGGCCCUUCUAGAAGACACUGGGCGGCAGGCAGUGCUCAAAGGCAUGGGCAGUGGCCGUUGGCAGAAUCUGGAGGCCGCGGUGGCCAUUCUGGGGGGCUCUGGCCCUGUGCAGGGGGUAGUGCGCUUCCUACAGCUGACCCCUGAACGCUGCCUCAUUGAGGGGACCAUUGAUGGCCUGAAGCCUGGGCUGCACGGACUCCACGUCCAUCAGUUCGGGGACCUCACAAGGAACUGCAACAGCUGUGGGGACCACUUUAACCCUGAUGGGAUGUCUCACGGGGGCCCCCAGGACUCUGACCGGCACCGCGGGGACCUAGGGAAUGUCUGUGCUGAUGCUGAUGGCCGGGCUGUCUUCAGGAUGGAGGAUGAGCUGCUGAAGGUGUGGGAUGUGAUUGGCCGAAGCCUGGUCAUCGAUGAGGGAGAAGACGACCUGGGCCGGGGUGGCCAUCCCUUAUCCAAGAUCACCGGGAACUCGGGAGAGAGGUUGGCCUGUGGCAUCAUCGCUCGCUCCGCAGGCCUCUUCCAGAACCCCAAGCAGAUCUGCUCCUGCGACGGCCUCACCAUCUGGGAGGAGCGAAGCCGGCCCAUCGCUGGCGAGGGCCGGAAGGAACCAGCCCAGCCCCCCUCCCACCUCUGAGCACAGCCUGUCACUCUCUCUGUCCACCCUGCCGAGCGCUGUCCACUUCCAGAGAGAGGCCCUGCUCGCCCAGUGCCAGGAGACCUAGUGUGCAGGAGGUGGCCUUGAUCUUCCCUUGGCAAAUUAAAGUAUUAUUUUCAUA